AUGGCGGUACUUGUUCUCGGCAGCGUCCGGACCAUCCGCCGGCUUCACAAAGGACCUAGCCUGCCGAGCCCCGUCAUCCGAGACGCCGUAAAGGUGGCCGAGGGCAACGGCACGCGGGUGCAGCUGUCGCGGUUGUGGCUGGACAACCUCACGACAACCACCCUCACCGGGCCCCCCUGGAACAACGACUACAGCAGCGUCAGCAUCUCCAAGGACACCCUUCGGCAGCUGGAGCAGGCAGAUCCUCAACAACACGUCCCUGGCCGCCCGCGACAGCCUCAUAUCCGCGCUGCUCCCGCAGCCGGUUCUCAGCACGGGCCGUUGAACGGCUCGGCGGUGGAAGCCGUGAUCGGCGCCGCCCUGGAACGCAUCAACCGCAUUGACGGGUCGGUGUGCCACGAUGAGAAGGUUGACGCAGUCGCCAACCUUCUCAACCUGCAGAAGAACAUGGCGCCGCUUGUCCUCGUCACCGGCUUGACAACAAACUCUACGUACCGCGGGAACGUCGUCCGGAGCCGGCGGCUCGCGUUCAUGGCCGCGGCCUUUGAGAGGCAGCUCGAGCGGUGCGGCAGCCCGACGUCCAGCGGAUCGGGCUCUGCGCCGCGUUUCUGCAGGGAUGAGGCGGUGAUUCUGUGGGACGUCACAGACGACAACCAAGAGCAGCUGUGGGAGCUGGACCUCUGGCGGAGCCCAGAAUGGAACCGGCGGAGCGUACGAGUUCUCGCCCUUGGGCGUGUUGCGAGCGAUGUGAGAGCAGCUGCGGAGUUUGUCGUUUCUGACCGUUGA